AUGGAAGGUAAUUUCUACUCCUCAUAUACGAUACUAUUUGACGUUUUCAAACCGGAUCAAUUGAUAGGAGAGGUAUUUUUACACGGCGAAUCAAGCGUCAAGGCUGCAGAAUAUUUGGGAGUGCUAGACAAGAAACAUCUGGUCAAUUUCGGAGAAGAUCUGUUUGCAGAGCCCUGGACUAAUCUUGUUUUCGUUAAUAAGGAUAUUUUCACCGAAUUACCCAAAAAGUCUGUUACCGCAGGUGAUCUAAUAAGUUCAUUGAGCAGUCUUACACCCACUGAGACUCUAAUCGAACGGAAACUAAAGGCACUGAAGCUUCGCAACUCCAACAGAAUUGACUACCGCUUUUCCAGAGUUGAGGUUGAGGUCGUGGAUAUGAACAGUAUUGAUUUGCACGCAAAUGAGCCUCUGAAGGCCAAGUUGCUUGGCUAUGGCGUAAUCAGGCUCUUCAGGGACCGUGAUGACAUUCAGAACGAGGGAGGAGAGUCAAGGAUUACUGGAGAUGAAACAAUGGUUGCUAUAUUGGGGGUUCCGUUCUACUUCUCGGCCAGCGACCUGUUGUUGGGAUUCUUUGAUGCCAAUGUGAGAAACCAGGUGUCCCACUUCAGACUGAUACGGACGCAGGCUCCUAAUCGAUUUAUGGUCUUGAUGAAGUUCAGAGAUGCAGCGCAUGCCAGGGAGUUUGUUGAUAAUUACAACGGGCAGCCAUUCAACUCCAUGGAGCCAGAAACAUGUCAGGUUGUAUUUAUUAAGGAGAUACUAUUCCGUCCAAACAAGCACGACAACGAUACCCUCAGCACGAUACCAUAUCUCUUGGACGAUCCUUUUACAUCCAGCAACACAGCUCGGAGUUCCUCAUCACAGCUAAUCGAACUAGCUUCUUGCCCCGUUUGCUUGGAACGGCUUGAUUCGUCCGUCACAGGGCUGCUUACCAUCCCGUGCCAGCAUACUUUCCAUUGUCAAUGCCUAUCAAAGUGGAAGGAUGACUCGUGUCCUGUGUGUCGUUACUCGGCCAAGUUUGACGCACGCAAGAACCAUCAAGCACAUCAGGAGGAAAGGUGUCUGGUCUGCGGGACUACCGAUAAUUUAUGGAUUUGUCUUAUAUGUGGCAACAUAGGAUGUGGACGGUACGACUUGGGCCACGCUAUCGACCAUUACAAUGAGACUUCACAUUGUUUUGCUAUGGAAGCAACAUCGCAGCGAGUCUGGGAUUACGCCGGCGACAACUACGUGCAUCGCUUAGUUCAAAACGAAGCCGACGGAAAACUGGUUGAGUUGCCUAUACAUAGCGGGAAAGAACAUCAAUCUAGCUCCUCAGGAAAUGAGGACAAGGUUGAGAAGAUUGGGUUUGAGUAUUCAAAGAUGUUGAUCGCACAGUUGGAGUCCCAACGUGAGUUCUAUGAGAUGAAAUUUGAGGAGGCUAAUAAUCGAGUCUUAUUGGCCAACGAGAACAUACAGACCAUGAAGGAGCAGCUCAAUGAGCUUCAACAGAGUUUGGCAAAAGUCAAAACAGAGAAAACAGAAAAGACUAAAAAGCAGAGAGAUCUGGAACUGGAAAAAAAGUAUAAAGAGGAAGUCACACUGAACGAGGCUCUAUCGGAGAAGGUAGAGUAUCUCACGAAAGAGAAUCAGGAGCUAAAAGCACAGAAUAAGGAGCUGCAGGAGCAAGUUAAUGACAUUAUGUUUUAUUUGGAAUCGCAAGAAAAGUUUAAGAAUGCACCGGACGAAGUGAAGGAAGGUAAAAUUAUCACAAAGCCUAGUCGCAAAGCAAAGAAGAAGCGCUAA